UAGUUUCUCUUUUCGCGCGUUGCGUAUUCACCUUGUGUCAUGGCAGAAAGUGUUGAUGUUCAUACGUCAAAGCGUGUGUGAGCUCGUUCAAAUUUCGUACAACAAUUUUACGAAACAGUACAUCAUCACUCGCAAAUCGUAAUGUCUGCCCUAUUUAAUUUUCAGAGCUUGCUGACGGUUAUUUUGUUAUUGAUAUGUACCUGUACUUAUGUUAGAUCCAUUGUGCCCAGUUUAUUGGACAGCCGGUUAGGAAAAGUUGGUUUUCAAGGUACUCUUUGGAAGUGUGCUAGGAUUGGCGAGAGAAAAAGUCCAUACGUGGCAGUGGGUUGCCUUAUUAUGGCUUUCAAUAUCUUAUUUUGGUCCUGAAAUUCACAUAGGGUAUACAAAUUACUAGAAAAGGAAAAGCUAUUUUAAUCAAUUGCAUGUAAUUUUUUUCUAUCGAUUAUAAAUGUAAUGAAUUUUAAUGUAAACAAGCCUAAGCUUAAUACGAAAUGAAGGGAAAUAAUUAACAUCUCUGCUAUCUGCGUUA